AUGGACGUGGUGCUGAGCUAUGCGGACAGUUACGUCUUGACACCCUACGUUUAUCCGGACACCUGGCGAGAAGAUGACCCCUGGCGCCAAAUCGCUUCACUCGAGGUCAUCGUCAGCGUCGGGGCUUACCUCUUGUACUUCACCGUGGCCACCCUCAACUACUGCUGUACUUUCGACAAGAGGCUGCUCAGACAUCCUCUGUUUCUAAAGGUGUGAGGGCGAGACAUGCACAAUGCCUUAUGAAAAUAAUAGGAACUCUGCUAUUUGGGUGUUAAUCUAUCAAAUUAAGAAGGAAAAAAAAAGGGGGGGGGGGGAGAACACCCAAUGAAUUAUUUUAAAAUACAGACUUUUAAAAAGAAAAAAAACUUAGGAUUUCUAUAACUUUUCUUUCCCAACUUUCGACAAGAGGCUGCUCAGACAUCCUCUGUUUCUAAAGGUGUGAGGGCGACACAUGCACAAUGCCUUAUGAAAAUAAUAGGAACUCUGCUAUUUGGGUGUUAAUCUAUCAAAUUAAGAAGGAAAAAAAAAGGGGGGGGGGGAGAACACCCAAUGAAUUAUUUUAAAAUACAGACUUUUAAAGAGAAAGAAAACUUAGGAUUUCUAUAACUUGUCUUUCCCCUACUUCCAUUAAGUUUGUAUUCCCAUUCUUCACAAUGAGUUUGAAUAGAGUUCUCAUUUCAGAAUCAGAUACAGAGAGAGAUUCUUUGCACAGUCAUAUCGGUCCCGUUCGUUGGCAUCCCCACGGGGGCCAUAUUCUUCUUGGAGGUCAAAGGUUACAGCAAACUCUAUGAUAAUGUUGGGGAUACCAGAUUGGGUAAUAAAUAUUUUCUGCCCUUCUGUUCAAUGACGCAACUGAUUGAUUUUUUUUUUUUAAACUGAGAACAUGUAUCUGAACCACAAGACAUGAGCAUGUAUCUGAAAUCUGAACCAUGAGACAUGAGCAUGUAUCUGAAAUCUGAACCAUGAGACAUGAGCACGUAUCUGAAAUCUGAACCAUGAGACAUGAGCACGUAUCUGAAAUCUGAACCAUGAGACAUGAGCACGAAUCUGAAGUCUGAACCAUGAGACAUGAGCACGAAUCUGAAGUCUGAACCAUGAGACAUAAUCAUAAAAUGUAUCUAAACAUUUAAACAUUAAUUAUUUCAUACAUUAUCCUUUGGAAAACGAAUGUCUCGCCAAAUGAUUUUGUUAAAUUGAAAUGAUUAUUUUUCAGGCUAUGCUGGUGUGUUGAUCAGCAUGCUGACCUUCAUCGCUUUCACUGACAUGGUCAUCUACUGGACCCACCGAUUGCUUCACCACAAACGUGUUUACAAGAACCUUCAUAAAAUUCACCACAAUUUUAAGGUUGGAAUAUUCCAUCAGAAUGUUGAUUGUUCUCAUUUCAUUCAUUCCCCCCAUCCAAAAAAAAAACAACAACAAAAAAACUCUCAAACAUAAUUCCAAACCCUCAUUCCUAUCACUCACUGACUUCACGUUCUGUAAUCUUUUUAAAAUUAUAGGGUUUAAUCUACACCCCCCCCCCCUUUUUUUCCCCAUCUUCUAAGUGUCUGGAGUGAAUUCAGAGCUCCAUAAAUAAAUACCCGAGACGGAAUCGCAAAAUUAUGGUCCAGCUCCUCACACCCUCUUUGUUUAUAAAUCAAACUUGAAGAUGUUUUGUUUGUACGCAAUAAAAUGUGAACGUUAAAGUUCCCUAAACUUGUGAUAUGUCAAUAUGCGCCAAGAUCAAAUUCCUGUCUUUCUCAGGUGCCCACGCCGUUUGCCAGCCAUGCCUUCCACCCCCUGGACGGUUUCAUGCAGAGUCUGCCCUACCAUAUUUAUCCAUUUUUGUUUCCCCUCCACAAAGUAAGAAAUCUUCAACAUGAAUAAGACAUCGGGAAAUAUUGUUUGCAUUUGUGUAGUUUUUUUAUGCCACUCAAAAAUGUAAACACAUAUUUGAAUGACUCUAUUAUCCCAUAUCAAAAUAAAGUUUUUACAAUUAUUACAUAUGCACCAAAAGACAAACACAACUAACAUAAUGGAACGGAUGUCCUUUAAAAAAAAUUUUUUUCAAGUAAUUAAAAAAAAUAAAUUAAUAAAACGCUAUUCAGUUAGUUUUCAAAUUGUUAACGCAAGAACUCGGAUCAGACCUGUCUCCUCAUUUGCUGUAACUUACGGUUGUCCAACCUACUUUCCAUAGGUCACCUACCUGGGCCUCUUUGUUUUUGUCAACAUCUGGACGGUCUCCAUUCACGAUGGCAAUUACGGGGUACCCGAGAGUCUGAAAUCUCUUGUUAAUGGCAGCGCACACCACAUGGACCACCAUCUCUAUUACAACUACAACUACGGGCAGUUCUUCACCCUGUGGGAUAGAAUCGGUGGCUCCUACAGAUACCCAAGUUCAUUCGAGGGUUGUGGACCAAUUGAUCAGAUGUUGGCCAAAGAGACAGAGAGUGCUCUAAAG